AUUGUUAUUUGUCAAGUUCAGUUUUUGUGGAAUACAUUUUCUUAUUUCAUAUGAAGAAAAAAACGUUGAAUGAAUAGCGAAAAAAGUUGUCGUGUAUUAAGACAAUAAUCAUAGUUUUAAAUUACAUGUGACAUGUAAACAAUUGUGUGUAACAAUAUGAAUCCGUAUAAGGAUAUUGAAGAAAGUUCUUUCGCAGCAUCACCUCACUUAGCUUAUGAGGACAUUGCUACGAAACUACUUAAAGACCACUACUUCCUGACUGCCUUGGAGCUUCAUACAGAGCUAGUGGAGAGCGGCAAAGAAUUACCGCAACUCAGAGAAUUCUUCUCAAACCCAGGCAACUUUGAACAACAUGUUUCUAGGGCAUCCGAUUUUUCUUCAAUGCACCGGACACCAAGUCAAGCCACUCUGGACUCUCUGGACACAGCGAGGUACUCGGAAGAUGGUGGUGGUGACAGGGGUGGCAGUGGAGGGGAUGUUGCGGUCCUUGAGUUUGAGUUGAGAAAAGCAAGAGAGACCAUCAAUGCUCUUAGAGCUAAUCUAACUCAAUUUGCUGAUGGUGAAUCUACACUAGACAAAAGUUCUAAAGAUUUGUCUGACCAGCGAUCCUUGAAACCACAUGAAAAGAGAGCUUUAAACUUCCUAAUCAAUGAGUAUCUUCUGUUACAAGAUUACAAACUCACUUCCAUCACAUUUUCUGAUGAGAAUCCUGAACAGGAAUUUGAAGACUGGGAUGAUGUUGGUCUCAACAUGCCUCGUCCGGCGGGUCUGGUCUCAUUAUUUCGAGGGAAUACCACCAGCAUCAGUGUGCCCAAAGUAGAUGCGUCUACGGAAACCAGCUGGGUAUGUGUGGAGAUGGCUUGUCAAACUGAACUGGAUGAAUCCAGUGUUUGUGUGAGCUGUCAAGCUCCACUGGACCAAGAGACUGAUUGGAGUCAUGAGCUCCUAAUCCAAGCUGAAGAGAUAGAAUUAUUGAAACAAAAAAUAAUAGCUUUAGAGACUGAAAAAUUAAACUUCCAAAAACUGUACGAUGCUGCCAUUGUUAGUUUGAAUUCCCUCACGAGUCCAGCGUCAGAGGGCAAAGGCAUCGAUCUUCAUAUACCGGAGGACAAAUUAUUAUCUGUGCAAAGGGUGGAACAGGGUUUAGAAGCCAAGCCUUUAACUUGCACAGCUUCGGAGAAUCACUACGGAAGCAGUAACUCCACUCACAGUGCGACACCAGAACAAUUUGAAAUGAUUGAUAGUGAAAAAAAUAGUGCAAUGUAAGUACUGUAUUA